AUGUCUUCCUUUUCACAACCCGUGGCCGAAGAAGAGCGGAAUCUUGAAAUGUUGUCUUUCCCUCCUCCGCAUGGCAAAUCACUCACAAAGACAUGUUUUCUUAGUCCCGACCGCGUCUCCCUCUAUGUCCUCGACGAUCGCCCCCUCUUCUACCAACACAUGGACGACCCUAUCAUCCCCCACCUGAAACUGGUCCACCAAUACCCGCAAUGUUUCAAACACCUGCGCAUUGACCGCGGCGCGAUCCGCUUCGUCCUGUCCGGCGCCACGCUCAUGGUUCCCGGCCUCACCUCCGCCGGCGGCUGGUUACCCGACAAGGACGAAGAGGUCAAAGCGGGGGAAGUUGUUGCCAUCACGGCAGAAGGGAAGGAAGAGGUAUGCAUGAUCGGGAUCUUGGAGGUGGGCACCGAGGAGAUGAAGGCGAAGAAAAAGGGAGUGGCGAUGAGUUCUGGACACUAUCUCGGGGAUGGGCUGUGGAAGAUGGAAUUGAGUUGA